CUCCAGUGACUGCGUCAAUAUUUCACUUCAGUGCUACAGGCGCGACGCGUAGGACAACCUUUAAUUAGUAUUUACUUUAAUUAAGAGGCUUCGAGGCUGUUCAGACUAAUUUUUGGGGUGUAUUUUCUUCGUUAACCGGUGGAGGCUGAGUUACCUAAAGGAGAUUUGAUAAACUUUCAAGCAGCGACGAUUCUCAGGUGCAGCCUAAACCCGACACACAUGGAUGUCAGGAGGACGAGGCCCAGUGAUGCUGCCCACUUCAGUCUACUCGGCACCAAAUAGUCACAUCAGCCAGCUGAGCAGCCGCCACAACACCCCUGAGGAGGACGAUGAGACCAUGAGCACCGAGCAGCAGCAAGCCGUCCACCGUCCAGACUCCACCUCUGCCCGUGACGUCCACCACGCUCUUCCAGACCACGUUCUGCACCGCGAUGACUCUAUGUUCAGCAGGCAGCGGUCGGACCAAGACGUCCACACUCUCCCCCAGAGCAGCUUCUGCUCGUCGCAGCCUCAUCGCAGCCUGCCGGUUGGGUACAUCCAACCAACUCCGUUCCCGAGCCACGUGGAGGGCAGCUGGCUCCACCCGAGCUUCCCCAGCGGCUCGUCGGAGUACCCCAACAGCCUGCCGUCCUGCCUGAGCCAGAAGGAUUACUCCAGUUACUCGGCAGAGAGCUGCCAGUCCAGGUACAAGUUCCUGUCGCUGCCCAACAGCCACAUGGCCAGCAUGAGCAACCUGGAGCAGCCGAUGUCUCUGCGUUCCAACCCGCCCUCAGCUGAGCUCUGCCACCACACGCUGUCGCCGUACUCGUGUUUACCGCAAGGAGCCGCCUGCUGCGCUCAGUGUCCACCUGAGGCCUUCAACAGAGGCCCAGUGGCCAACAAACACCCCUGGCCUCAGUACCACCCAGCAUACCCACCCUACUAUCCAGGUGACUGCAGACUUCCUGGAGCUGAAUUCACACACAUUGGCCACAAAGCUCCGCCCAAAGAGAGACAUCCUCCCUUCAGCACGCCACUGUCUCUGGAGCAGAGGAAGGUUUUUGUCACUUACGAGGCGGACAACGACAAACACGUCAAAGAGAUCAUCAACUUUGUGGCUCUGCUGCGACACAACGGCUUCGACACGCAUAUCGACAUAUUUGAGCAGCAGUUCAGAAGUAUAAGCAAGAUCGACUUCAUGGAGCGAUAUCUCAGUGAGAAAGAGUAUCUGAUCAUCAUCAUCAUCAGUCCCAAGUACUACGAGACGGUGACGGCCUCCCCCGUCGGCCUGGAGAACGACGAGAGGACCUUCAACACAGUUUACAUCCACAAACAGCUGCAGAAUGAAUUCAUCCAGAAUGGAAGCAAGAAUUUCAGGUUCAUUCCCAUUUUGUUCCCUGGGGCCAGAAAGUGUCACGUCCCCAACUGGCUUCAGAACACACAUGUUUACGGAUGGCCACGAGAUCGGGACGACAUUCUGCGGCGGCUGAUGAGGGUGGAGAAGUACAACCCGCCUCCUAUUGGAGAACUACCGACCAUCGUUUCCAUCCCCAUAUAGAGAACUCAGACUGGACUGAAAUCCAAAGCUUGCUUUCUGGAACGCUGUUGGUCAUUGUUGAGGUGAACAGGGAUGCAUGUACGGAAAACCAAUGGUGUCAUAAUUUGUUUUGUUCUUCUUGGCUUUUGACAUUUUAAUAAUAGCGCUUGUUAUUACUGAAAGGCACAACUGUAAAAGUUGGUCCUUCGGUAGGAGCAAAUGUCAAUUUGUCGCCUGACUGGUUAGUCUCUCGGUGCAGAAUUGGAGGGCUAAAAUAGUCCAAAGAUUUUUCUAGUUCACUAGUUGUCACACAUUUUUGAACUUCAUCAUCUAAACAUACACCAUAAAAAGAUUUGAGCUCCAAGGCUCAGAGAAUGUUACAAGUAAGCUAGCAUUGUGCUACAUCACAGACAAAUACAAAACAACAGCUGACAUGGGGACUUAAAAAUAUAAAUAUUAUAAGUGUGCAGAGAAGGCAGGCUGCAGCAACACUGACAAAAGCAGUAAUUAUUCUGAAUUCUUCAGAAAAGGCAGCAGUUAGGCUGAACUUUUUAGUAAUGAGCCUAAUUGUACAGUGACCGCAGUUAUUGAAGAAACUAUAGGAGCCUGUCAGUCCGUUGUUGGCUUUACUGACCUGCUGUAAAAAAAAAAGACGCAUGGCCACAUCAUCAGUGGUUUGGUGAACCAUCAAAGAAAGUGAUUUUUGCAUUCAUGUUUCAGGGCUGGACUUAACCACCAGACUGAACAGCUUUUCUGGUAGAAACCCUAAUGUUGUAUGUGACCCUCUUAGGUUGUCUUCUCCCCCUUUGAAAUGAUCCCACACUUGGCUGAUUUUUUUUGUGAAUGUUCUUAUGAAACAUUAACAUUUCUUUUUUUCCACCCAAAAAUAUAGAAACCGUGGACAUCAGAAGUUUCACUGUGAAAAUAUAGAUUUUUUUCCACAUUUUCAAACUUUAAAACAGGUCAUUUUGACCUGCAGGACAACACGAGGGUUAAAGUGGACAUGCUAAUGGUCCUAUACAUGGUUCAACAGAUACCCUUCAGUCUGCUAUGCUAACGGUCACAUUCAUCCUCUUAUCGAACACAGAAAAAAUCACAGGGCUUCUAAAAGGCUUCGUCUUUGCUCUUUUUCCAGGCUGUAACAGCUACUUACACAUUAAGCUGCAGCACUGUGUCAACCUUCUUCUUCCCGAGGUGUGGUGAACACAGUAACUGAACUUAGCACGAGAUUCCUGGAGAUUUUAGAACUUCCUACGGUGCUUCUGCGUUGGUUAUAGACAGCAUGCACCAAUCAAAGCACCUCCAAAAUCCUGCAGCGACUACUUCAGUUCCAACUCUUUUAUUGAUGAGAUAAAUCAUCAGCUAUCUGCUGUCCUCAAGUUGUUUCUAUGUUAUUUGAUCUAGGGCUACAAAGGCUCAUGGGAUACAGGAGAAGCAAAAGAACAACUCAGAUUGUUCACAAUCAAACUGUGAAAUGCUGCUUAUUGCAACCAUAGGUGAAGCUAAGCACUCCGCUCACAGUAUUAUAAUACUGACUGGUACAAAAAAAUGAGAUGAAUUGUGACCCCAUUGGUUUCCCAUUUUCGUGUUUCUUACUUUACUGGAGUGUGACUGUGUAGAGAUUGUAAGAUGCUUGACGAGUCGUUUCACUGGGAUGCACUGCGUGAGAUUCUUUAAAUUCAGCAUUUUAGGUUACCACACAGAGAAGUGCCAGCAUUGAUGUUACACAGAGGCUCAGCUUGUCACACCGAUCUGCAUUAUGCUGAAUGUUUACUGGUGCUACUCCGAGUUUAUUCAUUUUACAGCCUGACAAGCUUAGCUUUUUGAAAGCAAGGCAAAUGAUUGUACAAUCUAAACACACAUCCUCAUAAAAGUAAAUGAGAUUUUUCAUAUUUUACUGGGAGUCGUGCACAUCUUAUGAAUAUAUAGCUGAUAUGAUGAAUGGUCUGAUGAUGUAUUUACACAGUGGGACAGCAGAGCUUUUAAUUAUGAUGCGUAAACAUGGAAAGGUUCGGUACACAGUCUUCUUACAGGUGCCUGUUCACUGCAAACAGCCGCCCAGCUGGAUGCAGCUACUGAGCAAACAGAACAGAAAUGUACUGAUUUAAUUUGAUGUUUUAUAUGGUUUUGUUGUCACAUGUACAGUGGAUAUAAAAAGUCUACAAAAAUGACACCAAGAUAAAUAAUUUCACAUUUUCUUCCACUUUUAAUGUGACCUAUAACCCGUACAAUGCAAUUGAAAAGCAAACCGAAAGCUUUAAAGGGGAAAAAUAAAAGAUGAAAAACUAAAAAUAACCUGGUUGUAUAAACAUACACACCCUUAAACUACCACUUUGUUGCAGCACCUUUGGCUUUUAUUACAGCACUCAGUCUUUUCGGGUAGGAGUCUAUCAGCGUCGCACGUCUUGAUGUGGCAAUAUUCGCCCACGCUUCUUUGCAAAAGUGCUCCAAAUCUGACAGAUUGCACUUUAAAUGUUGACAGGUGUGUCAUGAGUUGGAAUGUAAUUGAUUAAAUCUGAACACAGUCACAUCCCCUCUUAUAAGAGGCUGUGCACACUUAUGCAGCCUCAUUAUCUCAGUUGUUUAUUUGUACUUCGCCUCCCUGAGAGGUUUGGUUGUUUUUCAGUUGCGUUGUACGGGUUAUUGGUCACAUUAAAGGUGGAAAAAGUUGUGAAAUCAUUUAUCUUGGUGUCAUUUUUUUUAACAUCACAAAAACCUGGCAUUUGAACGGGGGUGUGUAGACUUUUUAUAUCGGCUGUAGAUAGUUCGGCCUUAGGUUUGUGGCUGGUCAGUUUUACACACCUCUGUAAGCAGCACUGGAUUCACACAUUUUCUUCUGGUAUUAAAUUAUGUCAAAACUAAACUAUUUUUUCAGCACUUACCUCAAGAGUUGCUUUUACUGAUUAACCAGGAGCUGACUUGCAGGAUGACUGUCAGCAUUUUCAGAGCAUAAGGAAGAAAAAACUAGCAAAACUGUUGUUUGAUAUCGUUCCAACAGAUUUUUUAUUUUAUGUCUGCAUUGGAAAAAUGUCUCAGUGAAUCUCUAAUGUUAAAUGUCACAGUAAUUAAACCUGCAGCACUGAAUGGUGCGCUUGUUGCACCAAAA